CCUAGAUAAAUGGUUCUGUUAUUUUAAUUCAAUGUUUGAGUCAGUGUUAUGAAGAGAUUUGUUGAUUAAUUUAUUGACAUUUUCUAGAGCAGUAUAUAUUCUGCUAAAAGAUUAUAUUUAUAAAGUUUAUAACAAAACAUAAAACAUGGAUAAAAGCAAAUUUAGGAUGAUGGAGGAUGAAAUGACCAGAUUUGAAGCUGAAAUAUCUGGGCAACAGUCCAUAGUAAAUGGUUUUGGUUCUGCGUUUACACUACCAGGAUUUGGAAACAUUCCUCCACCCCCAACACCCCCCGUGUUGAUUCCUCAUCAAAUUAGUAGAUCAGCCAAAAGAUAUGACAAUGUUUAUUCAUCCCAACCUGUUAUUACUGCUCAACCAGCAGUUGUCUCGGCAAAACCUACUUUAUAUGCACCACCAAAAAUAAGCACAACACAGGCUUCCAAUACCCAAUCGUCCGUUGAUUUCAUAGCACUUCAGUCAGAAGUAGAGAAGAAGUUGAAAAAAUUAAAAAAUGAAAAAGUAAGUGCAGAACUAGCAAUUUCACAAGGUAAGGCCAGUAGUGCUUUACAGUCUUUUGGACCUGAAGAUUACAAGCGAAAAGGAAGUAAAAAUAGGAAGUUAAUGCGGACAGCCGGAGGUCAGACCUGGGAAGAUUCUUCAUUGGCAGACUGGCAGGAUGAUGAUUUUAGAAUAUUUUGUGGGGAUUUAGGUAAUGAUGUGACUGACGAAUUACUUACGAGAACUUUUAAUAAAUUCCCGUCUUUUCAAAGAGCCAAAGUUAUAAGAGAUAAGCGCACGAACAAGAGCAAAGGAUAUGGAUUUGUGAGUUUUAAAGAUCCAGCGGAUUUUACAAAAGCGAUGAAGGAGAUGAAUGGUCGGUAUGUUGGAAGCAGACCAAUUAAGUUAAGGAAAAGUACAUGGAGGAAUAGAUGCAUAGAUAUCGUAAAGAAAAAGGAGAAGGAAAAAGCAGCUCUUUUAAAUUUGCUUACAUCAGGCUCCAAUCGAUGAACAUGUUAAUGUAUUAUAAUUACUAAAUUUCCUAUAAAUAGUUUUGCAGUCACUGUAA